GUUUUAAGCCCCGGAGGAUACGAUGUUCGCUAAACUCUUCCAGCAGUGGAGUUUCGCAGUGUUUCUGCUGAGUUACUCUGUGCCCUCUUACGGGAGAUCAGUAGAGGAGAUCAGCCGCAGACUCAAACGGGCUGUAUCGGAGCACCAGCUGUUGCAUGACAAGGGCAGGUCAAUCCAAGACUUACGAAGAAGAAUAUUCCUUCAAAACUUAAUUGAAGGUGUCAACACUGCAGAAAUCCGUGCGACUUCGGAGGUAUCGCCUAACCCUAAGCCUGCUACCAACACCAAGAACUACCCUGUCCGAUUUGGUAGCGAAGAUGAGGGUAGAUACCUAACUCAGGAGACAAACAAAUCACAGACCUACAAGGAGCAACCCCUGAAGGCAUCAGGGAAGAAAAAGAAAGCAAAGCCUGGAAAGCGUAAGGAACAAGAGAAGAAAAAGAGGCGAGCCCGCUCGGCUUGGCUAAAUGCUGGCAUGUAUGGAGACGUCGUGACUGAGAGCCCACUCAUGGACAACUCUGUUACUGCACAGAAUCAUACUUUAAGGAGGCGCUGACAUUCUCAGCAAGAGAUUUUUUGGAAGACAUAUUGCAGUAUUCUGUAAUAGUGAACAUAUGGGAAGUAUUAAAAUAUUUAUUACCUGUAAAUAUUGUAAAUGCUCAGAAUAAAACCUUUUUCCCCUCAUUGC